AUGUUCUCUUCCAGGGCUGCGGUCAAGGCAGCCAAUGGCGCAGGCCCGUGCAUCUGGGUUGCGAUCAGUGCCAUCCUCAUUGACGCCAUGGAGGCGGAGGCAUUUGGGUAUAAGAGCCAAACUGCCCUCACCAACGAGGAGUUCUUCGCUUUGUGCUUCUGCUUUGUUGAUGACACCAAUGUCAUGGAGUCAAACAACAACGUGGAGACGACUGGCGAAGACCUCCUUCCUUCGGUACAGUCGGCUUUGGACCUUUGGUCGGGUGGCAUCAGUGCCGCCGGUGGAGCUAUCAACCCGGCGAAGAAGGCUGAAAUGUCUAGCAAACUGACCCUCCAAGAACCUUCUGGGCUUUGGGCGACACUACGACGCCUCCAACCAGAUGAAGCUGAAAGGACCCUGGGAGUCAUGAUGGCCCCACUUGAGACUGGAACAGCACAACACCUUGCUCUGCGGGAGAAGGCCAAGAACUGGGCAGCCAAGUUCCGUCCCCAACAUCUACUUUGUUAUUAUGUUCUUCCCUUGCUCAAGGCAACCGCCUUGAAAACUUUGGAGUACGUGAUGCCCCUUUCCACACUGGGCCGCUCCUACUGGGUGUCCAUCAUGUCACCGAUCCUCCAAGCGAGUUUGCACAAAGCUGGGGUUUGCCGUUCCUUUCCCCGCGUCGUCGUCUUUGCCCCUCUGAAAUACCAGGGAUUGGGUAUCCCGCAUCCUUUCGCCCUUCAAGUCUUCCACCAUCUCAGUGUUCUGAUGCGCCAUUCGACCAACCGUACCAAGACCAGCCAGUACCUGGAGGCCAACUUACAGUCCCACCAACUCAAAACGGGCACCUCCUUUCCCCUUCUUCAACAAGAACCCACCAACACCGGGAUCCUUGCCUCCGAAACAUGGCUCAAACGGGUUUGGAUCGAGCUCGACUCAUUGGGCAUCAGAGUUGAGAUCUCCUCACCUCCCUUGUCCCUCCACUGUGCCAACGAUCGUCUCUUGAUGGACAUCUUCAUCGAUGCCUUGGUCGAUCAGGAGGACUUGCUGUGGCUCAACUGGUGCCGCCAAUACCUCCAAGUCACCACCCUCUCGGAACUCACCACCGCCGACGGGUGUUCCCAGACUGCAGCUUCUCUUGCCGGCCAACCCUCCGGACACUUUGUGACCAACUACAAUUGGCCCCGAACACGACGCCCUGGCCCCUCUCACAAACAAGAUGCAAGGAUUUCUCCUGGGAUACAGCGGUAUUUUGUGGGUACCUUUUCCACGGAAAGAAUUGGAUGCAAUUCUCUCAAGUCAUCUGUCAAUGGGCAGAUUGGCGCUCCCACUCUGUUGGUGGGGAUUUGGAAGGGUAGACCAAGAAAUUCGGUCUGCUGUAUCUUUUCCAGAGAAAGAAACAAGACAAAUAUGCUUUACAACAUGGAGAAUUUGUGUUCACAGGGGUUGUCCUUCACAAGGUCAACCGUCAAUAGGGUGGUAGAAUUUGAGCGGGUUGUUGCUUCCAGACCUUCCUGA